AAUCUUCCGGGAUGGACUACUCGAGUAUUUAAGAGCGCAAACGCGACGGAAUUGAAACACACAACAGUUUCAGCUCUCCAGUCUCCCAAAAACCCUUACGAGAAAAGAAAAUGAUCAAGACGGUGCUGAUUGUUUGCUUCUUGGCUGUCGCUCUGGCUGCCCCGGCUCCCGAGGAAAUCCUGAGUUACGACGUAGAAGAUCAUAAACACUCCCAGACUGGAGAUGCUGGCAACGCUGUCAAGGGAUCCUACAGUUACGUCGCCGAAGGCAAGACUUACACCAUCAACUACGAAGCUGAUGAGAAAGGUUACCGUGCCACAGGUGACCAUUUGCCCGUCUCUCCUGAAGUUCCAGCUGUGCCAGAGGUCCCUGCUGUUCCAGCUGUUGCCGAAGUGCCAGUAGUCGAAGCUAAAGCCGCGCCCGUCAUCUCAACUGUGGCCCUACCAGCAGCUUACCCGUACGGUUACUACGGCUUUCCCGCUGCCCGUUUCGGUUACGGAUUCAAUUACGGAUUCCCGCAAUAUCCAGCCUACUCUUACUACUUCUAAGUCUUCCAACUACUUUAGACCUGCAUACUUUCGAAAUCAAAAUAUCCGACCCCGUUGAUUGUCAAUACACUUGUUGACUCGU